AAAUGGCGCAAUUGGCUGCAGGCAUGUUGUGAGGGCGCUUUCUGCAGCAGCAGCAUGCAUGCAUGUCCAUAGACGUCAUUUGAUUUUAAUGGCCUGCAGGAAAUUUGGCGUUACAACUCCAGACAUUGAGGCAAGAGAGAGAGGGAGAGAGAGGGAAAGAGAGAGAGAGAGAGAGAGAGAGAGAGAGAGAAAAAGAGAGCGCGGGGACAAGGGGAGAAAUCACCGCGUGAAAGAUAUUGGUUCAAGGAUAUCUCUUCAUUUUCAACAUAUUUUUCUGCUGGGACUUUAUCAACAAGUUACUGCGUCUUUAUUGCAUGUUGCCUGAGUGAGGGACUAUGGCAGCUCGCCUGGUUUUAAACUUUAGAUUUAGGCUUAAAAUUGAACUAUAUGCCUAAUAGCUAGAACUGCCUGGGGAACUAUUACAUCAGACGAAAUGAUGACAGUGAUUAAAAUCUGCUUUUUGCUGCUCUAAAUCUAUUGAGCGACAGUUGCCUGUAUGGUACUCUCUCUGAAUCACAAGUUCACACCGUUAAGGGGAACGGUCUACUUUAGCCGGGGAAAAGAAAUAGAUAAGUUGUUAUAUCUGCUCAGUCAUAUAAUUUCGGGAAUAGGGGGGUAUCACGUUUUCUUCUUUGAGAAAAUUGCCAGGGCGAGAGAGUGGAGUUGAGCUAAUUGUAGCCUAAUCCCUGGCCCAAAGGCGCUUGGGCUGCCCGGAGCAAGAAUUUUCUUUUUUAGCUCUGCUCUGUUAUUUAGAGACGGAUUAUUGGCUUUCUUCUUCUCAUAACAAACAACACGGGCAGUUUCAUUUAGGCAAAAAAGCAGACAAGAAGCCGAAUUACGAAGCAGGAUUCCAACAAGAGCGCACAUUUUCACGCGUAUUCAAAUAAGAGAAGGGGAAGGAGAUCAUCUCAUCUAUGUACAAGGAGGGAAGAAGCAUGUCACGGCUGUCUCUGACCCGGUCCCCGGUCUCUCCUCUGGCCACUCAGGGGAUCCCUCUGCCGGCUCAGCUGACCAAGGCAAACGCCCCGGUGCACAUCGAUGUAGGGGGACACAUGUACACCAGCAGCCUGGCGACCCUCACCAAGUACCCAGACUCAAGAAUCAGUCGUCUGUUCAAUGGCACCGAGCCCAUCGUGUUGGACAGCUUGAAGCAGCACUACUUCAUAGAUCGGGACGGCGAGAUAUUCCGCUACAUUCUCAGUUUCCUCAGGACCAGCAAAUUGCUCCUUCCAGAUGACUUCAAGGACUUCCACCUGCUGUAUGAGGAGGCACGCUAUUACCAGCUGACGCCUAUGAUCAAGGAGCUGGAGCGCUGGAAGCAGGAGCGCGAGCAACGGCGGAUGGCGCAGCCCUGCGACUGCCUGGUGGUUCGCGUCACACCUGACCUGGGCGAGAGGAUUGCGUUGAGUGGGGAGAAGAUCCUCAUCGAGGAGAUCUUCCCUGAAACCGGAGACGUUAUGUGUAACUCAGUCAACGCUGGCUGGAACCAAGACCCAACACACGUCAUCCGCUUCCCCCUCAAUGGCUACUGCAGGCUCAACUCCGUCCAGGUUCUGGAGCGUCUUUUCCAGAAAGGUUUCAGCGUGGCGGCGUCUUGCGGAGGCGGCGUGGACUCAUCCCAGUUCAGCGAGUACGUGUUGUGUCGCGAGGACCGGCGGAGUCUUUCCAUCAACACGCCCAUCAGGAUAAAACAGGAACCGCUGGACUAGAGCAUUCUGGGAGAGGGACUGCCAACCCCACCAAUACUCCUCUCAUCUUCUCACGCCACCCCACCCCGCCUACCCCUGCCCCCUCCCUGCCUGAACAGGACCACAGCCACCCCCAACAUACCUAAGUAUUAGCAGUGGCUUGUUAACCUCGCAAGCUCUGCAGAACUCUAAGGGGAAUGUAGUACCAAACAAAGGAGAGAAAAAAGAAUUAGCAGCAAACGUUUUUCAUUAUGUUAAAUGACGCCCAAAGAAUCUGGGACUGUGAUGAAAACAACAACAACAAAUCGACUCAACAGCAGCAUACUUGAACCAUUUUUGGUGCCAUGAGUUUUCGCUCUUCUUCUCAUAAAAAAAGUGUCCUGAACCUUUUUGGAGUGACACAACUAUACGGCCCCUCCCCCCACCCUUCUACCCCUCUUUUUAGUUGUGUAUCAUCCUGUUCUGUCUCUGUAUGAGGCCCAUGUCUGGCCUGCUAUGGGACAAGAAAGCUGUUGGCAGACAGGACGCUGUUAAGGAUGACAGAAAGAGGACAUAAUCCCAUCUCGCGAGUCACCGGAAAGGCCCCAAUCCCCCCGACCCCUCGACCCUCCAACCCCAUCCCACCUCACUCCCCAGGCCUGGCUACAGAUGGCGGGGCCUCGCCAAAAACAGCAUUGUUUGCCAAAAUGAUUUUCAUUGUCGUUUCUAAAGUAUGUUCUUCUUACUUCUUUUGCUGUUCUUAUCAUGAAAUGGUGUAAACAAUUAUUAUUAAUAGGAUUAUUUUUAAUGUCUCUUUUUUCCUUUCUCCAAUAUGAAGGAUGUUUGAACGUUAUAUUCAUUAGGCUUUGAGAGCUUGUGAGGGAGCGUUUCUUGGCAGUAGCUGCAGAAACUCAGAUGUCUGCGGGCCAUGUGGCUAAAGCGAUCUGGCUGGCAACGCAUUCAGAGACGGGAAAAGUCCCAUUGUUUGAACAGGCAUAGAAGAGAACCUGGAUAUUUCAAAAUUGUUUAUAGUCAAAUGUGUUGCACACAUAAAAAAUUGCUCUGGAUUUUCUGCUUAUUAGCUCUAAAACAUAUCUCCGGUGUUUGCUCUUUUGCUCGUAUUUAGCAGAAGUUUAAGACAGUUUGAGUAAAUUUGGAAUUCAGGUUGAAACUUGCACAAGCUGUGAGUGUAUUGCAGUUUUGUUGAGUUAGAAUGUGAAAGACUUGAGGACCAAGGGUGGACGUUUACCAGUAUGUCUCGUGAUCAGCAAGAGAUGUACUCUAAAUGCUUAAUGUUUCUUUGCACUUAAACAUUUCCUACAGAGCUGCCCUGUCCUGUCCCCCCCCCCCACCCAACACUUGUUUGAACCCAGUGACCAGUGCCAAUCAAGCUGUUUAUCUUCUCAUGUUUUUGGAGAGUAGAACAUUUAAACAUUUAAAACAAGCUACUAAAGGUGACAAGGUGCCUAUUUCUUGAUUGUACAAACGUAUAAAUGUCUCUUUUUAGUUCAUAGCUAAAAAAGACACAAAACAUUAUACUUAAAAAACGUCAGAAGGCAACUGGCAUUUGUUCCUCCAAGCCUCCAAUAUUUACAGUUUUGUUGAGAAUAGCUUUCAGUACCUUCACAAAAAAGUUUGAGAGACACAAGUCUCUGUUUGUUUCAAUAUUGUCACUCCUAAGCCAAGAUUAUUUCGAUGGUUCUUCACAUGUACUGUAUGUAUGUCAGAACCCAAAGUGAGCCCAGCAUCAGCUUCUUAUUCACAAAGAGGCAAGUGGGUGGCGUUUACUCUAUCCUGCUCUCAUUCUUUUGGUCUUAUCCUCAACAUUUCUGGAUCAAAGACAGAAACAAGAAAGGCCAAGUUGUCAUGCUUUGUAUUUGUGUAACUUACAGAUGCUGUUUCUUCCAUUCCAAAAGAAUGAAAAAAGAAGAAGUCCAUUCUGAUCUUUGUGAGCUCUGGCCUUAGUUUGAGUUAAACUGGGGUUAGUUUUUUAAACUAGUUGUUUAUUAAAAAUUGAAAAUCUGACCAUGUUGUAAUAUGUGCGCUCUCCGGAUAGCCGCUGAUUAAAUAAGACCAAUGAGUGGAUAAAGAUGAGCUUGAAGUAAGUGUAGCUCCCAGUCCAGCUCACUCCUCCCUAAGGGUCUCUCUCACAAUCAAGCCCAUCUUUGUUCUGACCUGCCAGUGGCCUGCGCCUUUGCAUCCAGUCGCCUCAAAGGGAAUGGUCAACCAGGCCUUUCAUGUGCUGAGGCAUGUUGGGCUCUUCACAGCGCUCCUCGCCCCCCUCCGCCUCCCCGAAGGCUCCCAGCUCAGUGGUGCCAAUAGAGACUCAGGUUGCACCCCCUGCUGCUGUGUCAUCCCAGUGCCCUGGAUUUUUUUCAAAAACGUCCUCCUACACUGUGGCUCACAGGACCACACUGCAACAGACCAAACUGAUGAGUCAAAUCUGAGCAUACUCCAAACUUACAGUACUGUACAGUUGGGUGAUUUGAUUGUGCUGCUGAUCCUGAUAUAUUUGAUCCAGUUGAUACGUGGUGUGGAAACUCAUCUGGGUUAGUUCUUGAGGAAAAAAAAGAUCAGUGUUGUCCCAUAACCGCACGUGCAAGAAUUACUUUUUUCCAGGGAGGAAGGAAAGAAGGCAUAUUUUCUCACUGAUGUGCAAUUUGGAAAUCAUAGAAUGGGCUUUUAUUAGCUCUAAAGAGCUAAGGGGUCAUAAACAGUAGAACAAAAACAUAAAUGUCUGUUCACGCCUACAUGUAAAGUAAGAAAAAGGAACAAAAAUUGGCAGUUUGGGGCUUCUGUCUGCAAUACCCAAACAUGGAAUACCCUGUUUUGACUCUGCAAAUAAGUGCAGGUUAACUACAAAAGGUAGACAAACUCAACAGGACUGGAGACUUCAUAGACAUCACGUUCACACAUGCCAUCGUUUGAGAUAAAGUACUGGUCAGUGUUUCAGCCAGUUCAAAUGGCAUUCACUCCACCUCUAAGGCGGGUCCGUUGUACAGUUAUUGUAUAUUGAAUUAUCAGGACUCUGGGUUUUACAGGACCCUCGUCUUUUUAGGAAACCUCUUGGUCCUCUUCACAAAAACAAUGAAAAGAAUUCAAAGCAUUACAUUGUGUACAUAUGGAUUAAAACAUUUCAAUGGGUAUAAUAAGGUGCAAAUGUAUAUUAUUUAAAGUGUUUAAAACAAUUAGACUGUGGUAUUAAAGGGCAUGUGUUCAUUUACAGUGUCUCCAUUUGACUUUUCUUGCAUAUUUGCGAUAAUAAAAGGAUGUACUGAUGUA